AAAAUCCAUUUCUUUCUGUUUGUUUUUAGUUUUUUGUUUACUUCGAGGUUUACUUACUAAAAAAUUGGAAAUAUGUAGAUAUUUUUUGUAACAAUUUCCCAAAAAAUGCUUAAUUGAUAGCCGAGGUAAAGAUAAUCCAAUUUUCGAUUCUGCACUUCCUGCGCUACCAAUUCCAUACUCUAAUAAUUAUGAAGCGUAAUAAAGAGAAGCUCGAUCAGAAUAAGGAAGACAAGAAGCACUAGGUACGGCUACUGCUUGCCGUUAUUGGACGUCCAAUAGCUCUCUAUUGGUUUUAUCGCUCUCUACCAAGCGUCGACCUUCACUUCACAUCCGAUAGAAACGUGUGCACGUUCGCUGUGUAUGGCGCCGUCCCCGAUUUCUGUUCGAAAAACCCGUCGACCCGUCAUCCGUUUCGUAGAGAGGCGACCUAAGGAGGCGACGGUACUUUGCAUUGUUUUGUGCUAGGUCUUUUCGUUUCUACCUGCACGCCGAUGCCGAUACGCACCGGACUGUACUAGGCUUUGUUUAUUCUCAUUGAAGUUUUUCAAUAAUCUUCAACUGGAACGAUGGACCACGGGGUAUUUGGGAAUAUUCCAAGUAGUUAUCGUAUAGAAGUUGAUACAGAACAUCUGCUUAAACUAGUUGCAGAACGUAGUAUACUGUGGGACAGAAGACGGAGCGACUACAAAAACAAAAAUUUAACUGAUACUGGAUGGCACGAAGUUUGUUGUAAGUUGUUUGUACAUUUUGAGAGCUACGAUGAUGGUUUCAAAACAAAAUUGUGUAAAUUAGUUAAAAGCAGAUGGUCGAACCUGAGAGAUUCCUGGAUAAAACACAUGAAAAAACGAAUGCAACCCGACUGCAGAUUAACGAGAAACUACACCUAUCAUGAUCAAAUGCUGUUUUUGACAAAUGUAUACCAAUUCGAACUGGAUGAUAAUUUUUUUGGAACAGAAGAAAAUGUAUGUGAGACUAUUAUUGUAAAAGAAGAAAAAUUCUCCAGCGAAGAUGAUGAUUCGUCACCAUCGGUGAUAUUUUAUCCUCAGCUAGAGCCUAAACCUUCCGUUUCAUAUAAACGGAACAUUGAAGAAGUGGAAGAGACAAGUGAAGAGGAAAUGAAGUUGGACGGCGAAAAUAGACAUAUCUCAUUUUUUAAAGCUAUAAUUCCUUCGAUAAAUGAGUUUCAAGAUAGUCAAACUUUAGAGUUUCAAAUAGGUGUUCUGGAACUUAUUAGAAGCAUUAAAAAGAAAAAGUGCUCUUAGAUUUAUUUAAAGUUGCACCGGAUUCUUCUUGGGAUUUGAUUCACGUACUUCUAAAAACCACCAAAAUCCUGAUUUUUUUUUUUAAAUAUUUAAUUAUAACAUUCAGGUAUAGUUUUUCCUUAGUCAUAAUUAUUGUUUAUUUCCAAACCCAUAUGUGGGAUUUAAGUUAUAGUUAAGUAUUGGAUUAAAUUUUUGUUUAAGUUUG